CAUAAGCAGUCAUACACACAUCCAAUGAAUUAAAGGGGUCUUCAAGCGCAUAGUUUCUACCUAUUAUCUGGUUAGCUAUCUGACGAUUGCUGUUCAGAUGACGAUCCGCUAGCUUCGUGAAACAGCCACGAUCUUCUCGAAAGUGAAACACUAUAUGCAUUUGGCUCCAGCGCUUCGUCACCAAAACGGCGAUGAGCAUAUUCUAGUAACGUACUGACUGAACAGCACAUGGAAUACGUCUGAUAAGGAUUUAGCAGUGAAGUAACGGUUUGCUUUGAAUAACAUUAAACGUAAUAGAGACAAUAAUGUAACACAUGGCAGAUUUUCUUCUUAUUAUUUUGUCCACUAACGAAAUGUGUUAAGAACAAUUGUGUAGUGAUAAGCGCAAGAACAUUUAGGACUUACCUAUGUGAAGACCAAAACGUACGUGGCGUUUGAUUUUUAGAUAAAAAUGGAUUAGCACGAACAUUGUGUCCGUUUGUGUCAUCAAUGCCAAGUCACAUCUGACCCGAUCUAAAAACAUUUAAUCCCGUGAUUAAAUAGGCAUAAGCAGUGGCAUAUACUCACCUAGUCUACUUGCGGGACUUUGUGUGGUAUAAGGGAUUAAACAAUACUGCAGGAUUACUCACUACCAAGUAAAAACAAAUACUAUCUACCUUAGUCAGGUUCAGACGUUUUACGCGCAAGCUAUCCGCAUCCAAAGACUCGUAUAGGAUAUGCUCGUAGCCAAGACGGGAUGUUGUCAACCUUUCAUGACAAUGAAAAUUAUUAGGUGAUCUGAGCUACCAUUUCGUCUGGUUUGUUUCCGACUAUCUUGGUUCGUCGCCGUACAAAAAAAACCUUAUAUCCUUAGAACUCAAAGAGGAGGAAGAAGUGAGCAUAACCGCUCCUAUUAAGAUGCGUCCUCUACUGUUCGCAUGUAUUUUGAUGGCGUCUGGAGCUUUCGUGCGAUCUGUAACUACUACAGUUGCGCCCCCAGCAAAUCUAAAACAUAUGGGACACGGUCACAGCCAGGAAGGAACAGUUGAUUGCGACUCUUCGGAGGAGGAAAGCGAUGACGAGGCAUUGAAGCGACACGAAAUCGUAAAAGCACAGGCUCGGGCCGCUGCACAUGCGCGUAUGGUUGCCCUCGGUCUGAAACCGAAACCGACGCUAACCCCUCGGCCUGCUGUGGAGGUAGAGAAGCAGGCGCAGGCCAGAGCGGCAGGUGAGCGGCAACGGAUAGCCGUCGUAGAGGCUAGAACCGCGCAACGAGAUGGAGAAAGCCUGAGUAUUACUCCAGUCAAAGACUAUCUGACUCGUGAAAAACGCCAGGAAGACGAUGACGAAGAGGAAGACGAAUUUUCAAAACUGAUAGAGAGGCCUGAACCUUGCGAUUUUGGAACGGGUGAAGAGCUUCGCGCCUGCGGAUGGGUCAAUACACCUAACAUAACGGCUGCGCGAAGCAUACCCUGGGUUGCCUCUAGGGGCGAUGACGCUUUGUUCCGCGGUGGACCACGGACAGACCACACGGAGAACAACGGCGCCGGUGGAUACAUCUAUUUUGAAACGUCACGAGAACCUCCACGCCAGCCCCCUAUUUUACCUGGUGGAGUGACAACCGAAUCGAAUAAUAUUGAUGUUGGAGGUGGGGCAGCCGCGGGAAGUGUCUCUGGGGUCGCCCAGCCUGAUGAACCUGUCAAUGAUUUCGAGUCCGCAGUUCUCGCUACACGAAACAUCUCGGCAACCGGGCCACAGGGUUUUUGCAUAUCCUUCUUUUACGCAAUCGAAGGUCUCUCGGUAGACCGUUUGCGGGUGAUCGUCAUGGACGUGAACACAUUUGAAAACAUCACCGUCUGGGAGAGCGACGACAACUUCGAUGGGAAGUGGCAGAAGGGUGAAGUCGCGUACACUUACGGGUGGCCUCAUCAGAUUUGGUUCGAGGGGAUUCCUAAGAGAGCCAAAGACCCCAGCCGGCGGUUUCGUGGCUAUGUGGCAUUGGACGAUAUAGUAUUCGACAAGAUGGAAGAAGCCGGUGAUAACUGUCUUGGUCACUGCACCUUUGAAGGCGGCUUCUGCGGAUGGACAAACGCGGACACAGGUGAUGACUUCAACUGGGAUCAGGGUCGUGGCUCACAGAGCUUUCUUACGGGGCCUCAGAGAGAUUACUCAUCAUUUGGAAAAGAUGAAAAAACAGGUGGUUACAUUUACAUUGAUUCUCAAUAUCCUCGUCGACCCCAAGACAAGGCCCAACUCAUAAGCCCAACGCUCAAGGCGACCGGGGUAAACAAUCCAAUAUGUAUGCGGUUUGCCACGCAUAUGUUCGGUAAUGGCGUGGGAACUCUACGGGUGCUGACGCGCAUAGAGGGAUCGGAAGAGCCCCCGAAAACUCUAUGGGAAAUGACAGGAGAGGCCACCAAUCAAUGGUACUUAGCACAACUACAAGUAGCUUCAACGGAGCCGAUUCAGCUCGUACUGGAGGCUACAGUCGGAGCCAAUUCCUUGGGGAACAUAGCUAUCGACAACAUCUCCUUCCGCCAGGGGACAUGCCCAAUUUCUCCACAGACAGCAGCUCGCAAUUCGGGCGAUUGUAACUUUGAGGAAGAUACAUGCGGCUGGAUGAACCCGCAUCCAGCCGAUGGCUACGAUGACUUCGACUGGGCACGACAGUAUAGCUACGGAUUAAAUGGACCUCCUCUAGAUCACACUAGAAAACGGGCCGAUGGCUACUUCAUGAACCUAAUGAGCAAUACUGCUUUGCCAGCACGAGGUGGCUCGAAGGCGUGGCUGAUCUCGCCUAAGUUCUCGACUGAUGCAGCUCCACGAUGUAUGGCGUUCUAUUACUACAUGUUCGAACGUACCAUCGACCCUUCCGGUCCGUCGUUGGGAUCACUCCGAGUUCACGUCCUGCACCAUCCAUUGGAUGGCACUAAGAAGCCGUUAACUACCAUCUGGAGGCUAAAUAAUCACCAAGGACACCGUUGGCUCAUGGCGAGAUCGCCAAUUCGAAUGCCGGACGGCUUGCCGGUAUCGGAACCCUAUCAGGUCGUUAUCGAAGGCAUCUGGGGCCAUGGAAGGGUUGGUUACGUUGCUGUCGACGAUAUAAGUUUUUUCGAUGGCGAUUGCACAACGUUUCCCGAAAAAGCAGCGGCUGUACCAGGCGAGUGUUCUUUCGAACGUGACAUGUGCGGAUGGCAGAACGCAACAGGAAUACUAAGCAAGGAACAGGCCGCAGCGCAGGCUCUACAGUUAUCCAAGCAGAUCGUUCAAAUCCGGCCGUCGAAUCUCAUCGGACGAGGCGGCAUUUCUCCAAGAGCAUCGCUCACUUGGCGACUGGCAUCCACCGUGUCUCGGCCAGCCAAUCUCCAAGAUCACACAUAUCGGGCUCCGACGGGAUACAUUUUUUUCGAUAUUUUCAAUCAAAAUUCCGUUCAGAAUCCAAUUCUUCGUUCAACCGUAGUUCAGUCUAUCGAUUCUGAACCUGAUCGAUGCGUCUCGUUCUGGUUUGCACCAUUUGGAAGAGGCGAGUCAUCCACGCUUACUCUCUUCAGAAUUGAACCUGAAAUCACCGAGGAAGACACUCGUAUGAUUCUAUGGAAAUUUACAUCACGCAGAUCCGACACGAUUCGACCAGAUUGGAGAUACGGUCAGGUGAAAAUACUCGCCGACAAACCGUUUAGGAUCCAAUUCGAAGGUGAGGCGAACGACGGCGGGUUUGCCCUGGACGAUAUCACUUUUUACAAUGGAGACUGUGAGACGCGACCAGCCACAGCAGUUGUCCUGCCAGCGGAGCCCGUUUAGGUUGCGCUGCGGUUUUAAGGCCUAUAAACCUACGAAUUAGCCACGUGGGAGACAAACCUUUUCGAUACGCACGAUCAGCCUUGCGAUGUCGCUUUAUUCAUUUUUUUUUCAGUCAGCUGAGAUACGAUCUGGCCUUCUGUGGAAGAAAACUAGCCAAGCACUGGGUGUUUUAGUAGAAAACUAGGCCAAACCAGUUAACUAACUAUAGCUAACCUUCCUCUUGCCGUUAAAUGGGGCAAUAUCCAAGCAGACCACCAUGUCCAAUACUAUAGGUACACGUACUCGAUAAAAACUUCUAUUUUAUUUAAAAAUAUUUGUUAAAUCUUUUUAAAUAAAAUGGAAGUUUUAAAGGAAUAAAACGGUUCGAUGAAAAACGUCCUGUUCCUAAACGAGAUAAGGGUUAUAGUUAUCACAGAGACUACAAUAGAAUAGGAUUCGGAUAAUGGAAAAAAGGUUCAUAAGAGUUAUAUCACAAAUGAAAUCGAAUCGAUAUGGUUAUUUACCUAAAGGAAGGUGUACUGGAUAAAAAAAAAACAACCUGCAUUUACAUUCUAUAACGAGUAUAAGUAACGAAGUAAGUUCGUUACUUGAACGUUUUCAGCUCUAAGUAAUGCGUUGUCUUCCUAAUUAAGAGUAAUUGGUCUGACUAGUUGCCGUGUAACUCGUUCAACGGCCAUCUGUGGAUAAAGACAUUGUUGUGCAGUACGUUGUACCUAUAUGUACACAGUAAUAUGACUGUUAUAGUGAACGUGAGGUUAUCCGUUCCUUCGACUCCAAUCCAGUGACUGGACCAGCGGUCAGGAUCAGACGGGCUAAUAUAGUUGCUAAAUAAUUUCCUCUUAUCACUGGAUGGAGCUCCGUGGGUGAAAGCCGUACACUUUAGCUUGUUGUGAUGACUAUCGCUUCCCCAAUGAAACAAAGCAACAAGAAUGCCGGAAGAACUGUUCCCACAGUGAAAAAGCUUACAGAACAUAAAGGAAACGAUCUUUCAAUUCGAACUAAACUUUUACACAUAAUUUCAGUUAAAGUUACAGCUCACACGCAAUCGCAUACAACAUAUUAUAUAGUAUAUCCAUAUAUACAUUGUGUCAGCUACACCUUUGUAUUGUAUAUUAAAUCUUUUAUAAUUUGUGAAUCGCUUCGUUUUCGUUGUUUCGCUUAAUCUUAUUAACCAUCUGACCUAAAUUCUAUAUCUCUUAAUCAAUCUAAGUUUUCACUUGCAUUUAUUAUUAACUUAGUACGAAUUUAAGACACGGGCGCCAAAUGCAGCUAUCAGCUAAAUUCGUACAACUAUAACGGAGUUAAGAUGUUGCUCACUAUUGAUUUCUACAACUUUCUCUCAAAAAAUUUUUGACAACCUUCACAUGGCAGGAAAAAUUCUCGAAAUGAAGAUUCUCGUACUUUUUAACGUUAUAGAUCAAACGAUUCUAGCCAAAAGAGGUGACACCCUAAAACCAAGUCAGAAACCGAAACCCGAUCAGACGCAGCCCUUUCAGCACUUUUUUCACGAGGGCCUUGAAUUAGAAAUAUAGUUGAUUCUACAAUAACCGGAUUAUUCGAUUAUUUCUGCUAACUAAACCUUCUUCACGCAAUAUAUAUAUAGUGGACAAUCGAAAGAACUCUUUAAACGCAGGACGAAUAACAGGACUCAUAAUUAACUCUAAUAAGACGACGCAGAGGAAUAACGAAAAAAAAAACGCAUCCAUAAGGAUAAAUCCGAGCAAGAUUCUGUGAAACACUGGUCGAGCACAUCUGAUCUGGUCUGACCUCUGAAGCGCAUAUGCAGCUCAGAGACGAAGCAUCUUCUUUAGCGGAAAUUGCAUGGACUGUUUCAAGAAGCACUCCUUUCGUCUGACCCAAUUUCGCUUUUUUUCGACCUAAUUAGUAGAACAGAAAAAAAAACAAAACAUAGCAGAGGACCAGAAUAAACAGUGAAAACGUGCAGAGCGUAGUUGUCGAUAUAAAGUGAGAGCACCUUAAAGGACAACUGAAACAUUCCUAAAAAAAAAACAUUCAACGCAUUAUCAUGCAAUGAAACAGAAUCUGUUAGUUACUGGCCCGUGUCCUAUAUUCUAGAGAGAUAUCCGUGCUUGAAAUAAACAGCAGCGACAACGAUCUGCCACCUGACAAAGCUCAGCGCAUUAGGUACGAUAUAGGUGCUAUGUAUGUAUAUUAAACUUUAGUAAAAAAGACGACAUAAUGUUCGCUUUUCACUAAAGACAAAGAAAUGCGUAGAGGAAAUACUUUGUCGGUUUCGUUUAUUGCUUUCCUUCCGCAGUGUUUGCCGCCGACCGUUAAUCUUUUAAUAGCAUUGAAAAAAUGAAAACUUCCCUUGCUCAUGACCACGACGUUUUUCCUUAGUUUAAACUGUUUAGAUGGCGAAAAAAGUAACCUGUGACACCUAUACUCACUAAUGUUGAAAAGUUGCAAAAACGACCAAGAAGAUUUGCUCAGCACACGAUGAGGACAUCCUAAUUACGAGAUCCAGGCUCACAAAACAAUUAUUCUUAUCUUUCAAACAAUAUAUCUUUUACAUUGAAAAUGCCACUUUCUAUUUAGCAAGUUCCCUUUUUGUCACAGAGUCCUCGUCGCAUAUACCACUCUUGGAUCGAGCCUUUUUGAUAGCCUUUAGCCUUGGUAACAGGCGAAUAGGAAGACUGUUUUCGGCAGCCGACAUACCCCUCGAAGCCCAAAUUGAAAGUAGCAUGCAUUUUGAGAAGGCAAGGAGUGGUAACAAAACAAUAUC